AUGCUGAACGCCAGCGCCCCCUGCCCGUCCAACGCCUCGCGCUGCGGGGUGGAUUUCCAGGUUGGCCAGGAGCUGGUGGUUUCUCUCUACGGUCUCGUCUUCCUGCUCGGCCUGGCCACCAACGCGCUGACCCUGUGGCCCAUCCUGCAGCAGGUGCGGCUGGGCAACGUGCUGGCCGUCUACCUGCUGGGCCUGGCCGCCUCUGACGUGCUCUACCUGUUCACCCUGCCGCUGUGGAUGCUGUACGUGUGGCGCGGGCACCGGUGGACCCUGAGCAGCCUGGCCUGCCACGCCGCCGGCUUCGUCUUCUACUCCAACAUGUACGUCAGCGUCCUGCUCCUCUGCCUCAUCUCCCUGGAGCGCUACCUGGCCGUGGCCCACCCGCUCCGCUCCCUGGGCCUGCGGAGCCGCCGCUCGGCCGCCGUCGCCAGCGCCCUGGUGGCCGUGCUGGUUUUCACCUUCCACGUGGGCAUCGCCCUGCGCUCCCCGGAGCCGGCCAACGCCUCCUGCUACGACAGCUACCCGCUGCAGCCCGGCGUGGCCCGGUUCAACUACUUCCGGGUGGCCGCCGGCUUCGCGCUGCCCUUGCUGGUCCUGGCGGUCUCCUACCUCAAGAUCUUCCAGGGGGUGCGGGCCAGCAGCACCCUGCUGGGCUGGCAGAAGGCCAAGGUGAAGCGGCUCUCGCUGGGCGUCAUCGGCAUCUUCCUGCUCUGCUUCGCCCCCUACCACCUGCUGCUGCUGGUGCGGACGGUGGCCUCCGCGGUGCUAGACGGCUGCUCCCUCUGCUCCUUCGAGCAGCGGCUCCACCUGCCCUUCUCCCUGGCCCUGGCCCUGUCCAGCCUCAACAGCGCCCUGGACCCCGUCCUCUACGCCCUGGUGAGUGACAGCAUCAAAGGCGACCUACGGAAGGUGUUCGGCUACGUGGUGCGCGCCCCGCCGCCCGGCACCGUCACCUCUCUGGCCUUGUGA